UCCGCUGAUCAUGACGAUGAUGACGGAAAACAAUAAUAUUUUUUUCGUCAGAUGCAGUUCGUAAAAUCCGUAAAAUCGUCUGAUGGAAAUUAUCUUUUUAUCGAAUUAUUUGGUGUACAAUAAGAACAAGUGUCUAGAACUAUAACAAUGGAAGGGACAUCUAGCGCUUCCCUAAUGGCCACAAUGUCCCCGGAUGUGGCUUUGAAACUGUUUGAAAACGGAGCAGUUCUCAUCAUAGCUGGCGUUCCGCUGGGAACAGAGUUCGGUAUCGACCAGUGGUCUUUUUUCAUCGGAGAGAAUUUCCGUGGCGUUAAAAUGAUUCCGGCAGGACCCCACUUUGUGUAUUGUGCCUCUCAGGGGCCAUAUGGUGACGCGGCACCCCGUGUAGGCUUCGCACACUAUUUCCAGCGGGGUGAAAUUGUGGUUCGCGAAUGGGAUGACGACAAAGAGGAACUGAGACCCAGAGUUCACGACGAUGUUGACGGCGAAAUCCGAAGGAUACGGGAAAAUAUUAAAAAUCUUGAUAGGUAUCUGGCACCAUAUGACUAUGAUGGUCUAGCAAAGUGGAAUAAGCUCUCCGGCAAUAUCACAAUAGAGACCAUUCGGAGGCAUUCUCCUGAGUGUGGAUUAGUUCGUAACACCGUAGAGCUGAUGCCGUGCACUGACGAAGAACGUCCGAGAGGCGAUUCAACAUUAUCAAAUUACAGUGCUUCGAAACUUUCCAAAAUUCGCUCACUAAUGAACGAAGAGGAACUACUUCCCAACCUCAAAUCGCUUCCGGGAUCGGCGCCACGGUUCACAGAGCUUCCUUCGCGCUGCCCGAAAGGUGCAAGCCCAGCCGAAAUAUCUCAGCAUCACAUGGACUCCAUAGCGGCGGUUGAUCAAUUGCUGAAGGAUGGUCACGAGGCAGUUAUGUUCGAAGAGGUCCAGUUCUCCUUUAUAUUAUUCCUGUGUGGACAUUCGGUGGAGUCGCUCAAUCAUUGGAGAAAGAUUCUACUGCUGCUUAGCAACUCGGAGAGGGCGGUUGAAAAGUAUCGAAGCUUUUUCCGAAACUAUCUAACGGUGCUACAGUAUCAGCUUCCCGAGCUGCCCGUUGAGUUGAUGGAGCAGACGGAAUCGAAUACGGUUUAUCUGGAUGUGAGGCGAUUGCUACUUAACAGCUACCAGGCCGGUAUCACUUCGGCAGCGCAAGCUUUGGAAAAAAGUUUGAAAGGUACGCUUCUUUGGAGGUUCGAAAAUCUGUUUGAGGAAGAUCCAGAAGACAUGCCGACGGUGGUAGAAAUAUAGAAUCGCUGAAUUAAACAAAGUAAUCAGCCUUAGGUAUUCUUGGGAACCGGUUUGAACGAAUCGCAUUCGUUUGAAAGUAUCGUUCAUCUGUGAACAAGAAUACGGAUGAAUAUAAUAAUAAGCAUAAUUGGCUUGAGAAUCUGUAUUAAAGUAACAUGAAAAUAUGCACGUAACAAAAUAUAUUUGUUCACAACUGAAAAAA